UAUUUUUUUUGUUUGUUUUUUUAAGAGUUGUUUCUGCAUACAGAUGAUACCUGAUUGUCUGGUGCAUAUUCAAACGUUUUGACUGAAGUGUUAAUAUUGUCCACAAUCAAGCUUUUUAUUGAAUUUGGAUUCUAAAUAAUUAAUCGACAUUAAUAAUAAAACUCUUCAUCACCUUACUUUUCUUAGAGAGAGAGAAAAAACGACACUAUUAUUUAACAACUGGAGAAUAUAAACAUAUGGGGAAUUUUUUAACUGGGGGGGCAAGCUACAGCUUUACUUUCCCUGAGUUUUCACAUUUUGUGGAGUGGAUGACUUGCGCCCUCGGUGAAAAAGCCACUUCCUAAAUACCAGCAAGUUGUGUGCGCUCUUGGAAAGUUGCAGGCUGCUGACUUGAGGGAGUCAUCUCUGUCUGGUGCCGGACUCCUCUCAGGAAUGCGGCGGGAAGAGUGAGAAGUAGGACGAAGCUCAGUUUUCUUAUGUUGCCAUAUCUCGUUUAAAGUCAUUGUUCCGGGUGGUUUUUGUAUGGAGAGUAUGUUAACUAGGCCGCUUGUCCAAGAAGUCACAUACUUACCGCCAGCGACCCUUAAGGAUUAUUAAAGAGUUUCAGAGAGCUUCACUGCGACUCCAUCUGCAUCAUGGGCUGCAACAAGGUGCUGUGGGGGGUGGUAGGGGCGGCUGUCGUCAUCACGUUAAUAACAAUCCCAGCAGUUUAUUUCAGCAAAGCUGACAACAAAAGGCCAUACACCUUUGAAGAUUACUUCAAUGACACCAUAAGGUGGAAAGCCUACAAUUUGUAUUGGAUAUCAGAUAAGGAGUAUCUGCAUAAAACAUCAGAUGGGAAUGUCUUUCUCCACAAUGCUGAAACGAAUGAGAAGUCACUAUAUUUGAGCAAUUCAACCUUUGCCCAAGUGGAUGCCAACCAUUACUUGCUGUCUGGUGAUUAUAAAUAUAUUGCUUUUGAAAGCAAUUUCACAAAGAAAUGGAGACAUUCAUUCACAGCCUCAUACUCCAUCUAUGACAGGGAGAAGUCAACAUUUGUUACACCUGUGAAUCUUCCAACUGUCGUGCAGUACUUUGCCUGGGCCCCAACAGGACACAAAUAUGCUUACGUGUCAGACUUCAACAUUUAUGUGAAAAAUGAUGUCACUGCUGAAGCUGUACAAGUGACUCACAAUGGGAAAAAGAAUGAGAUCCUUAAUGGCAUCCCUGACUGGGUAUAUGAGGAGGAAGUGUUUGCAUCAAACGGGGCACUGUGGUGGUCGUCAACUGGAAAAUACUUGGCGUAUCUAGAGUUAAAUGAUACAGAAGUUCACAAAGUGGAGUUCUCUUGGUAUGGAUCUGACCAAUAUCCUCAAACAAUGGCUGUUCCAUACCCAAAGGCUGGAUCGACCAUCACCAAGGUGAAGCUGUUUGUGGUUGACGCCACAAAUCCAACCCGCCGCACACAGGUGGCUCCUCCUGCAUCUGUUGCUUCUGGUGAUCACAUUUUGUGCUCAGUGACCUGGGUUACAGACGAACGCAUUGCUGUGCAGUGGCUCACAAGGAAACAGAAUUACGUGAUCGUACAGAUCUAUGACUUUAAUGGAGGCAGGUGGAGAGAAAGUCAGAAAUUUGAGCAAACGAGCAAGACAGGUUGGGUCGGCCAUUACAUGCCCUUACCUCUUUUCUUUGCUGAAGACAACCUCAGUUUCUACAAAGUGUUGAGUGACACUCAGGGUUACAAACAUAUUCAUUAUGUGAAAGACGGCAAAGCAACACCUAUUACCUCUGGAAAGUGGGAAGUCAUCUACAUAUGCAAAUUAACAAAAGAUGCCAUAUAUUUUGUGAGUAAUCAGUACCAAGGAAUACCUGUAAAGAGAAAUCUUUACAAGGUUAUGAUUGGAAGCAGCCCUUCUGCCCCUCAGUGCCUCACCUGCGACCUGUACAAGGACAGGUGUCAGUACAACUCAGGUUACUUCAGCUUUGACGCCUCUUACUACCGAAUGGACUGCUACGGACCUGGAUUUCCCCUCUACGCACUCAUGGACAACAGGGGCUCAGGUGCACAGCUCUCCAUCCUUGAAGAUAACAAGGAACUGGAAAAUAUUCUGUCAGAGUUCCAAAUGCCAAAGAUGCAGUAUGGCACACUAAAGGUUGCAGGAUUUGAUCUUUGGUAUCAAAUGAUGCUACCACCAAAUUUUAAGAAAUCCAAAAAAUAUCCUCUUCUCAUAGAUGUGUAUGCUGGCCCCUGCAGUCAGAGGGUGGACUAUCGUUUCAAGCUGAACUGGGGCACGUAUCUCUCCAGCACACAUGGGAUCAUCAUUGCCAGUUUUGAUGGAAGGGGAAGCGGUUACCAAGGUGAUGAAAUAAUGCACGCCAUCUACAAGCGCCUUGGGACAUUUGAGGUGGAAGAUCAGAUAAUAGCUGUGAGGAAAUUCAUUGACAUGGGUUUUAUCGACAAAGACAGAAUAGCAAUAUGGGGCUGGUCAUAUGGUGGUUACGUAACCUCAAUGGCCUUAGGUGCAGGAACUGGGCUCUUCAAGUGUGGGAUAGCAGUUGCUCCAGUUGCCAAGUGGGAAUAUUAUGAUGCAGUAUACACUGAACGCUACAUGGGCAAGCCCACAGAGAAUUCAGACGCAUACCAAAACUCCACAGUGACGGCCAGAGCAAAGAACUUCCAAAAUGUAGACUACCUAUUGGUUCACGGUACAGCAGAUGACAAUGUCCAUUUCCAGCAGGCAGCACAGAUCUCCAAAGCGUUAGUGGAUGAGCAAGUGGACUUCGAGACAAUGUGGUACACUGACAAGGACCACACUCUCGGUGGAUCAGCCUAUCGUCAUACAUACACCCUGAUGAGUCACUUCCUGCAGAAAUGCCUCCUUAAUCCCAAAUAGAUGUGAAGAAUGUGACAGCAUAUAUAGUGAAGAUUACCACAGUCUUUUUGUUUUCUAAUAAGUAUUUAAUCUUUCUGAUAUUCUGAAAUGUCCAGUUGAACGUUGUGUUGAUGUUCUUAUGUGCAAUGGAUAUUCGAUUGCUUGUACAAAUGAGCAUUUGUAUUUUAUGUGAAAUUUCUGGAAUUUGUUUUUCAAAAUAUCUGAUGUUUACAACAUACUAAAAGCCACUGCAUGCAUUUAUAGUCAAAGCCAUUUUGUGAAUAUAUGAUAACGUACAAUAGCUAAAUUGCACUGCACUGACUUGUUGUGGAGUGGUAUCAUUUGUGUAGCAAUUGGUCUCUAAUGAAGGUAAAAUAAACUUUUUUUUUUUAAUGUAA